GCCACACGAAGUCGCCGUUUUUGGAGCCCUAUACAGUCAGGGUGGAAUUGAAGGAGCUGUUCUGCCGGAGGUUUCAGUUCAAUAAAAUGCGACACGUGGAAGCGGAGCAGUUUCUGCUACAGUUAAGGGAGGGCAGGAUGUCAACUCUGAAGAUGACGGAGGAGCUGUGCUACAUUCUCCAGUGCGAAGAGUUCCCGGAAUUGAAGGGCCGGCUCGGGCGGACGGCAAUUUACUUUUCCGAGGAUCCCGCGCACGAUUAUUACGAAGAAGAAUACGUCACGGUCGCGCUAGACUCCAGCGAAAUCCGGUCGGAAUCUGAGC